AACAAUGGAUUAUAUUCACGUGUGGUUGGGAGAUUCUCGAUAGGUGAAAACUUUGAGAGCACUCGACACGUAAAAAUGCGAACAUUAUUUGCGUAGAAGGUGAUUUGGUGGUGCAGAAUGAAUGAAAGGAUGAUGUAGGCGAGAAGGUAUGGAUCUACAGCCAAUGUUUUCUACAUAAAAACUUCACUUCACUCUCGUCGCGUGGCUUCUCUGUAGGGCGUGUGUAGAGGUGGUUGAUGGAGGAGGAUUGGACGGUUUAGUGCAGGAAAUGAGAGGAGAUGGACGAUGAGUGAUUUCACGCACGAAGACUUCCGUCUCCAUCUCUGACCAGGAGAGGUGUAGGUGAGUGAGUGUGGUGGAUUGGUGUUGAGAACGUGGUACUGUGGCAGGGAGGUUUCAGGAUCGCCGGAAGACGGACCUGCUUUGAGCGGUAGCGCGAGCUUGUCGGGAGCCCGGCCAACCCUUACUUGUGCAUCUUACGUUUGUGAUAUCGUUGCCGGGAAGCAAGGGGGAGAUUGCAAUUUUGGCUUGGAGUAGUUUUCAGGGAGGUUGUCGCGUGUAAAUAAAGAGGAUACGAAUCAGUCGUGUUCCGGAAUUUGGUGAUCUGGUGGUCAUGAUGAUUCACUCUGAGACUCUGCGACGGGAAUGUUGCGGGGGUAAACAUAAAUCCAAUUAUUGGUGCCUAGUGGGCAUCUGGCGGAACUUAGACUUGGAAUGACUGCUAGAGGUCGGUGUUCUUAAUACUUGUCUUCAAUAUUUCAGGGCAUUGCGAAUCUGUCAGCUCCAUGGGCGCAUGUGCGAAGGAAAACUGGUUCAACGGAUACUAGAUGGAUAGCGUGCUUUCUAGCAUUUCCCGCGUAAUGUGGAAUUUUUGAAGAGGCCUGCCAUAUUAGGUGAAGGAGAGCGCAGAGCUACAUGUUUCCGUCGUGAGCAGGAAUUUACGUUCUCGGAGGAGGGGGGCGGAAUCGUGAUAACAGCUUUCUGCGGCAAAUAGCAGAUUUAGUUUAAUGGUCAGUUCUUCGCGAUUGUAACGCAGCUCGACUCUGACGUCCUGAUCCUGAAAUGGCAUGACGUAUACUACGUGCGUGCUGAGAAACAUCCCCGUUCGCACGUUCUUGACUACAAGAAUUGGUGAAGGUUGCCCUAUUCAAACAGCGAUUGGGAGGAUCUCAAAUGCCCUUGCGACCAGACUUUCUUUAUGUUAUUUUUUACUUAUUUUCCGCUGUAGUACGUUGCACUUACUCCACGAUUCUAUAUCCAGUUGAAACUCGAAAACUAGAUGAUAACGUGGACCUUGACCAACCUGAAAUUUCAAGCGACGGAACGAAACCAAGAUUGGUAAUGGAUUUGACUUCCAUUCGAGCUUUUCAAGUGAAGGGUUCCGAUUAGCGAACGAUACAGUUACGCGCGGAAGAUCGCGUCCUAUAAUUUUCAUACAUAGGAUAGUGUCAAUUUUGUUGUCUGCCUAUCGGACAAUUACUGGCUGCGAAGUCCUGAAGAAUUGCGGCUCUUGAUGAGUCGAUGAAACUGGUGGUAGUAAUGCUGUAGAAACAACUCAAUGUAACGAUGCUGGUACAGAGCGUCAAGCCUCGGACGUUCCGCCUUACGAAAUUCGGUUCAUCAAUUUGUGUCGUAGGACUGGAACACCGAUGGAGGCCCUAAACUUCAAUUCUCAUACAGACAGCCUCGCUGUUAAAAAUCUCCCUGCGAGCCUCAUUGAUUUGGAUACUGUACCAGGAGCGCAACUGAUUAUCCACUCGAGGGAUGGAGAGUGCGGUGAAAGGAGUGGCCAGGUGAGUCAAGAGAUGAAUAACGACCUUCGAGGAGAGAGAGUGAGAUCCGGGAUACUGAUUCUGUCAGAAAUCGAUCACCGAAGAUACAAGAUCCAGGAGGUCACGAAGUCGGGCUGUAGCCCGAUUUUGGGAAGAAGCCACUAUCUGCUUCGCAAGGUCCGAUGAUUUGGCUGAUUGAUUGAUCCUUAUCUCAUUCAUAUCCAUUUCAGAUCCACUCACUUGCCUUUUUUUUGUGUGUGUGUAAGUAUAUAUAUAUAUAUAUAUAUAUAUGCAUUUAUUUAUUUAUUCAUGCAUGUCAUCA